UGUCAUUCCAAACUCCUUACAACGGGUGCUUGACACACAGAAACCAAGAAUCAUUCAGUAGUUGAUGUGAAAGCUGUCGAAAUGUGAUUCCGGGCUACGGAGCUGGCAGCUGGUCAAGGCUUUCCGCCAGCUGUUCAGGCCCGAAAAGGCUCGCUCCGACGCAGCGCGACCUCGAUCCAAACGUCGUCAAAAGUUUGGACGGAUCUUGCCCCCCCCCGCGGCGCAUCGCAACAACACAGGAAGGAAUUGGGUCGGCUCAGCGCCACGCGGAGAGACUCGAGAAAACGCGGCAUAAUGUCGAGAAUUAGCUCACGAUCCCCGCUGCUCCAGGCGGUGCUGCGGCGGGCAUCAGCACCGCAAACCCCACGGUGCGCUCCGUCGACGGCGUCAAACCCAGCAGCUGCACGGGCCUUCUCCCACCUACCCACCCUCCGUCCAACCCUGUUCAACACAUCAUCAUCAUCAUCACCAUCAUCCGUCUUCCGCGCACCAAACCAGACCCUCCUCUCGCGCCAACCAGCACCGACAGCGAUAACAACAGCCACAACAACGAGUGCAGCCACAGGCGAAACCCUAGACCUGAUUGCUAGAUCCUCCAUCACCACACACCCCGCGCUGGCCGGGUGUGCGAGCCAGAUCCGCUGCGGGCCCCGCCCCACGAUGGCGAAUGCCAGCCGGCUGGUCCAGAAGCGGCGGCACGGGUUUCUGAGCCGGGUCAAGACGCAGAAUGGGCGGAAGACGCUUGCUCGGAGGAAGGCGAAGGGUCGGAAGAAGCUCAGUGCGUAAAGCGGAGGAUGCAUUAUGUGCGCAGUGCUGGGGUUUGGCUUGGAUGGCGGUUGAGGGAUGAGCGUCCUAGCGGUGGGGUUGCUCGAUGGAUGGAUAAGUAGGUACAGAGGACGGAGUCACUUUGGUGGAUGGAUGGAUGGACGGACGGACGGAUGGAUUUAUAGAAAGACGCAGAGAGAGGAGAGAGGGAUGUACUGUACAAUACCGUAACCACUGGGCUCUGUGAAAUGUACUAUACGGGGGAUAUAGACAUGCCUCUUCUUGGCCGAGUACAUUGGGGAGUUUACACGGGCAUUGUCUGACGAUUCGGUCUUGUUUGGAGUAUGGCAUCCUAGCCGAAGUGUGGGCUUCAUUGGAAGAGUUACUCUAAACCCUGCACGCCGUGUUUCAGAGCCCAAGUCAAUAAUGCCCUGCGCCUAGAUAUCGCAAGCUGAC